UGUGAAAAUUGCAUCCCUGUGUAGUUGCCAUGCUUGAGAAAUAAACAUCGAUGUCUAUAGCGACAUCGAUACUAAUAUAGAUGUUUCUCCAGCUCAGAAAAAAAAGCAGUUUCUGGCGGCCAAAAUGAGUGUGGAGGAUGAAGUCUUUCGGGUUCAGAAGAAGAUGAGCAAGAUAUCAACGUCGAGCGAUGGCUCAGGACAGGAACAGGCUUUGGAUUUGCUGAAGGCCCUGCAAACGCUGAACAUCAACUUGGAGAUUCUGACCAAAACGCGCAUCGGCAUGACCGUCAAUGAGCUGCGAAAAAGCAGCAAGGACGACGAGGUGAUUGCUCUGGCCAAGACCCUGAUCAAGAAUUGGAAACGCUUUCUGGCCAGCCCGGCCCCAACCACCCCCAACAACAGCACUGCCGCCGGCAAGGACAGCUCGAACAGUAGUGCCUCCAAGUCGUCGAGUUCCAGCAAGUCCGCCAGCAAGGAGAAGUCUAGCAGUAGCAGCAGCUCCUCCUCGAGGGACAAGCGCGAGGAGAAGAAGGUCUCGUCGUCUCAGACUUCCUUCCCCUCCGGCGGCAUGACGGAUGCCGUGCGCUUGAAGUGCCGCGAAAUGCUGACCACCGCUCUGAAGAUGGGUGAGGUGCCCGAAGGUUGUGCCGAGCCCGAGGAAAUGGCCGCCGAACUAGAGGAUGCCAUUUAUUCGGAGUUCAAGAAUACGGACAUGAAGUACAAGAAUCGCAUUAGAUCGCGUGUGGCCAAUCUGAAGGACCCAAAAAAUCCGGGUCUGCGCGGCAACUUCAUGUGCGGCGCCGUCUCUGCCAAGCAGCUAGCCAAAAUGACUCCCGAGGAGAUGGCCAGCGACGAGAUGAAGAAACUGCGCGAGAAGUUCGUCAAGGAGGCCAUCAACGAUGCACAGCUGGCCACCGUACAGGGCACCAAGACAGAUCUCCUCAAGUGCGGCAAAUGCAAGAAGCGCAACUGCACCUACAACCAGCUGCAGACGCGAUCCGCCGACGAGCCCAUGACCACUUUUGUCAUGUGCAACGAGUGCGGCAAUCGCUGGAAAUUCUGCUAAGUCCCCCCUGCAACCCCCAACCUUGUAGCCCCCUAUGAAUCCAAAAAGUAACCCCACAUAUAAUUAUUACAUUGUAAAGCUA